AUGGCCUGUGGAAACCAUAGCAUCAUCACUGAGUUCAUCCUCCUUGGGCUGCCUGCUGACCCCAAAGUCCAGGUAUUGCUCUUUGUGCUCUUCCUGGGGAUUUACCUCCUGACCCUGAUGGGAAACCUGAUGAUGCUACUGGUGAUCAGAGCUGAUUCCCACCUCCACACACCCAUGUACUUCUUCCUGAGUCAUCUCUCCUUCCUGGAUCUUUGUUUUUCUUCAGUUACUGUGCCCAAGCUACUGGAGAACCUCCUGUCUAAAAGGAAAAUCAUUUCAAUAGAGGGAUGCCUGAUUCAAGCCUUCUUUCUGUUUGACUUUGGAGGAACAGAAGUCGGCCUACUGUCAGCAAUGGCCUAUGACCGUUAUGCUGCUAUCUGUCACCCACUUCUCUAUGGUCAAGUAAUGAAUAAUCAGCUGUAUAUGCAGCUUGUGUGGGGUUCAUGGAGCCUGGGGUUUCUAGAUGCACUCAUUAACAUUCCCCUGAUAAUGAAAUUGGAUUUCUGUGAGGCCAAAACCAUUCAUCACUACAGCUGUGAGCUGCCCUCCCUCUUCCCUUUGUCCUGCUCUGAUGUCUCUACCAACCUCACUGUCUUGGUCUGUUCCACACUCCUGCAUGGCUUUGGUACAUUCUUCCUGAUCUUCUUCUCCUAUGUGCGCAUUGUCUCCACCAUCCUGAGCAUCAGCUCCACCUCGGGCAGAAGCAAGGCCUUCUCCACCUGCUCCUCCCACAUCACUGCAGUGAGCUUCUUCUAUGGCUCAGCUUUCCUCCGUCAUCUCAUGCCAACCUCAGGCUCACCUCAGGAGCUGAUCUUCUCCAUACAGUAUGGUGUGGUUACUCCCUUAGUAAAUCCCCUUAUCUACAGCCUGAAAAACAAAGAAGUAAAGGCAGCUCUGAGAAGAACCUUGGGAAAAUGUUUGCAAUGGCACAGGUAG